ACAUUUAACCUUCCUCCAAAAUCACUAGGGAGUCAGGAUCCAUUAAUUAAUUAAAAGAAGAACAUAUUUUGAUUUGUCAACGACCUUUCAUCUGUCACUUCGUAGAUUUCUUGUGACUUACGACAGCAAAUUAAUUACGUCAAAAUGCUUAAUCACGUAUUGCGUCCGAUCUCUCGUAACUUCAUCAGAAGAGGUACUCGUUCCUCCAGUUCAAAAGCAGUUCAGGACGAUCUUAGAUUGCCAACCAUAAAUGAUAUACCUGGACCAUGUGGAUCGUGGAAAGAACACUAUGACGCAAGACAGAGAGUUUACAAUGUUCAAUUACUUGCUGGUAUUGGUGUACUCGUUGGUACCAUAGCUUAUGUAAAAUUAUCAGGCGUUAUCUUCUUUAACUUUGGCCCACCUGAGGAACCAACUGAAAACAAAUAAACAUUUAAAAUAUAAAAUUAGAUAAAAAAAUAGAUACGAAAGCAAUCUAGGCAUAUUGCUAAGAAUA